GAAAGGAUACAGCGUUGUCCGGGGAGCAGACGGCGACCACCGUGUCUCCACGUUCUCAGCCGCCGCUCCUUCCCUCCUUGGUGCAGCUCAGCUCGUCCCCACGUCCCCACGUCCCCCGCCCGCCUGCAGCGAUGAACUGCGGCCACCCGCACCCGCGGCUCCCCACUCAUCGCAGAAAGCCAAAGAAAAGCCUUCGGCAGUAACCAAGGCGACAGGUGUCUUGUUGAAUCCAACCGCUCAGGCACCUCGAUGUGCGCAGUGGGCAGACAAGAAUUCAUGAAUAGUUAUAUUUUUCUUUGAGAUUUUAGAUUUUUUUUUAGGGUAACUUUAAAAAUAUAUAUUUAACGUCUAUAUUUAAUGUAAAUAUUUAUUUUCAAGUAAAAAAAAUAUCGUUGACGAACUACUAAGCCUUUAAAAAAAAUAACAACGUCGAUCGGGUUUCUAAGCCUUAAAAAUGUCCACCGCUUUUGAAACUGAAGCCAAGAGAAGGACGGAGAUGUGCUGGAGCUUCGCGAAAGGUGAACCACUGACCAGAACAUCGUCCUUUGAUAUUUUGGAAGCCAGCCGAUCACGAGAGAGGGCUCGUGGACAUUUGUCAUCUGCUGACUGUCGGUCUUGUCAGUCAAGUCUGCUUGCCUCAGAAGCUGGAAACAAAGCAUUUACAUCAUAUCAAAAUAAAAGAGCAGGGAUUGGGCAUAGGGUGAACGGUGGUUCCAUGAGUGAAGUAGGUUGGACGAUAUUGGAGAGCUCAGUGCCACAUUUGGAAAAUGCCUAUGGAAUUAAUGGUAAUUCUGCAAGUAAAAGACCGAGCAAGAACUUAGAGGAAUUAAGGAAAGAACUGGAAAGACAAACAAAAGAAACAAGGAAACUUCAGGAAGAGGUGGAGCUUGCGACCAAGUUAACAAUGGACAAAUUUAGUUGGACAUUUAAUGAUGGUAAAAGCUGCAACCAGGAUCAAACGUCAACUAGUCACAGUGACAAGCCAAAAACGGACCGAUCUCUUACUACAAACUUCCCAAAUGUACGAUCGCCUAUUCGUAGCUCAGUUCUUCAGGCUUCCAUCUCAAAAUCCCCUCGUCACAGAUCUCCACAGACUACUAAAUAUGAUGUGGAUUUAGUUGUAUCCAGGAAGAGCAGUGCAUCUUUUGGAACGCUUGGUGGCGAGAGGUCACUGGACGACUGUGUAAAUGAGGGAGAUCAAAGCCAUGAGCAAUCAAAGUUUAAUGUUCGACGGUCUAUGAUGGAUCUGCAAUCUAAAUUACAAGAAUUACAGGAAGAAAGAGAUAGCUUGAUGGAUCUCAGAUUAAAGGAGAGCCAAGACCAAGGAGCAUUGAUAACCAAGCUGCAUAGCACAGUGCAACAGCUGGAAACAGUCAACCGCAUGCAAGAUGAGACUGUUCGAGAUGCUAAUACUCAGAUCGAGCAACUCAGGAAAAAGACACAGGUUUAUGAUUCCGUGCUAAAUGAAAUCCAUCAAGCAUUGAUACAUUAUGAGGACCGUACUGGCAAGAAAAUAUAUGAACAUGAAACUGCCUCCAGCUCUCACAUCCAGAAUAUGGGCACAGCUGUGGAUAAAGUUCUGAAGGACAUGGAUGCUGAAAUUGCUUAUCUCAAAGAAAGACUUGGUCCAAUUGAAGAAGAACUGGGCUGCCUGAAAACUGAAUCGCAGAGCAAAACUGAACAAUUGCUUAAACAACAAGAAGACCGAAUAGUGCAGCUGAAACAUGAACAUAAACAAGAAUUGUCAUUACUAACAGGAAAAGUAAACCGUUCUCGCAGCUUUGCCUCAAGUUUCCAAAACCAAGUGGAGACCGUACAAGAACAAGCAAGGAAUCAAAGCAUAAUGUACUCAAGACAGCUUACAGACCUAGAGUCCACCGUCUGCCACCUACGGACUGAAUUACGGGAAGCUAGAAGGAUGUACGAAGACAAGAUAGAGAAGUUGGAAAAUAUAUUUGAACAAUCUCAGUCUGAGGUUUGUAUCACCAAGAAAGAAAGAGAUGAAUUCAGGCAAGAGGUAGAAACCUUGAGCGGUCGAAUCCAACAAUUAAUGGCUGACAAUUGUAAAGUUGAAGAAGACCUCAAAGUGGCAAAAGAACAAAACCAGAAGCUGUGGGAUCGGGGCACAACUAACAGCAUUUCAGUUGAAAACAUGCAGCAUGAACUCGAUUGCAAAAAUCUGGAAAUUCAACGACUAGAUGGUGUGAUAAACAGCCUUAAGGAACAAUACCAGCAUCACUUACAAUAUCAGGCAUCUGCAGACGAGCAAAGGAAUGAAGACCAAGAAAAAAUAACAAGUUUAGUCAAUCAAUACGAGAACUGCAGAGAACAGCUUUGUAAAACUGGAGAGGAGCUUAAUAAGAGGAAACAGCAACUCGACAAAACUGAGGGAAAUAUAUGUCAGUUGAGAGAAUGGCUAAAAGAAAAGGAAAGAUGUCUGGAAAGUGAAGCAACGGAAAAAACCAAAUUGCAACUUGAAAUUGAAGAUAAAAAUCAGAAAAUCCAUAGAAUGAAAAUAGCAGAAGAGAGCAUCUGUGAUCAGUUUGAAGAAGCUGUUGCACACUUAAAGAAAAUGCAGAAUGAGAAUGAUUCACUGAAAAUGGAGCUGAGUGAAAAAGCCAACAUACUGACCAUUUUGCGACAAGAAAUGGAGAACAUUGCGGAUAUGACAUCCCAACAGAGUUCUGCAUCUGAGGCGCUGCAAGCGGAGAGAAAACAACUGCAGAAGGACGUUGAUUGCCAGAAGCAGAAGAUUCAAGAGUUAAAGACUGAAUUGGACCACAAAGAUAUAAAAAUGCAAGAGCUGCAGGCACAUCUCAGUGAGUUGGAACGGGAGAAAAUCAAGAUGGUAAAUUCUGCAACUGAACAAAUGUCAGAGCUGGGAGAAUUGUUGCAGGAAAAGGAAGAGCUUGCAACUGACCUAAAACACAUCCAGGACCAGAUGAGUUGUCUGAAAGAGGAGUAUAAUAAUUUGCAGAGGACCUAUGCUUCUAAAACCAAAGAAUAUGAAUGGUCUACAAACAAACUUAGAGCUCAGCUGAAAUCAGCCCAAAAUGAUCUGGAUCAAAACAGAGAGGCAAUGAAAGUUCUCGAAGGAGCUGACUCCCACGCAAUGAAAGUUGCCAUGGGAAUGCAAAAGCAAAUCACAGCUAAGCGGGGACAGAUUGAUGCAUUACAGAGCAAAAUUCAGUUCCUGGAAGAAGCUUUAGAAAACUCUGAGAGGGAGAAAUGCUACCUAAAAGAGGAGAAAGUACGUCUGACUAAGGAACUUGCUUGCAUCGUAUCGGAGAGAAAUAAAAUUGCUGGAGAGCUCGACAGUGUGAAGUCUCAGGAAAAAUCUUUGAGGGACAAACUGAUGAGGUUGGAGUCAGCAUUGGAAAAGGCCUGCCUUCGGUUUUCUGAUUGUCAAUCGGUUAUUCAGCGUCAGGAACAAGACUUCAUGCGUAUAAAACUACAACAUGCUUUGGAAGUAAAGGAGCUCCAAGGUCCAAAUUUUGGUUCUACUACCUGUCCAUAUCCAAAUCCUAGAGGCUAUUCCCCUCCCACCUGUGUUAAUCCAUCACCUUCCCGGACUUCACCAGGAUACCUUUCCAAUGAUCACACCUGCCCGAGGAUCGACAACAAGCUUAACAAUACUUGUGAGGAACUUGGAGCUUUCCCAGCUGGUUGUUCUUCAAAAGCACCUUCAAGAACCUGUUGUCUUCAAGAGGAUUUGAACCCUCACCUGACCAAUAUUUUAAUGGACCUUAAGAAUACUGUCUGUGAUGGGUGCAACAGAUCAACCAACAUAAAUUACAAUGAAUGUGAGGGAGAACAAAGAUCCAGGAACAUGCAUGCAGUUGACGACUUGGAUACAGAUGUCUGUAGGGAACGAGGAAACCAAGACUCUCUCUUUAGGGAACAACUAACGUGUACUUCAGAUGUGAAAGAUCCUUUCAAUAUUGACAAUUUAACUUGCAGUGCAGAUCACUCAUCACAGAUAGGUGGUCCAUGUUACACCACCUGCAAGUGGGAACCAUUGCCAGAGAGAUCUCCAGUAUCUUCCUUGCUAACUGGCUCUAUAUCUCAGGGUGAGCAUGGAAGAGAAACCUCAGCCUUUAGCGAGUUGUGCGAUUCAAGGAUCAGCUACAUUCCUGCACAAUACGUGGAAAAUGAACCUCGCUUCCAAAAUAAUGGCGGUGAACAGACUGAUGUCGCGGGGCAGGCUUGCAAAAAACUACAGAACAAACUGGAUGGUCUGCAAAACCUGGUGGAAGAUCUUCAGCUGAAGAAUCAUGAAAUGUCCUCUAUGAUCAGAAGCCAAGAGAAGAGGAUAAAGAGAGUAAAAGACAGAGAGAAAAUGUUAAAGAAGUGACAUCCAGUUUCUGCAUUUUAUUGCUACGAUGUAUGGCUUUUGGCUCGGUGCAGUACAAAAAUAAAAUCUGCUGCUAUUUAAGAUCUU